UAUGAACUAAUGAAGUAAAAUAGAAACGUGGCUUUCUUCUACAACGUCGAUCUCAAUACUUUACCUUCAAUGUUUCGCAUGCAGAUGCUUCCCCUUCGACUUCUCUCUCUCUCCAAAUUUCAGGCUCAAUCUGCGCCUCUGCUGCGAUUUCUUUCUAUAUCUCAUGGAUGCUCAAGCACCAUAAUCAACGGAAUACCACAGAAUCAUGUGGAACUGUCAACAUCUAGAAUGAGUCAUCAUGAAGUUAAAACCUUUUGUACUAACCCAGACCUGGCGGCAAAGAAAUGUGUGCCUUGUAACUCAAAAGAUCUACGAUCUAUGAAUGAAGAGUUAGCAAAUGAAUUGAUUACAAAGGUUCCUGAUUGGAAUCUGGUCAAUGAAGGAGAUAAACUGAAGCUAACCCGAUCUUGGAAAGUGAAGACAUUUACUAAAGGGCUGGAGUUUUUUCAGGCUAUUGCUAAUGUUGCUGAAGCAGAAGGUCACCAUCCAGAUUUGCAUCUUGUGGGCUGGAACAAUGUGACAGUUGAAAUAUGGACGCAUUCUGCUGGAGGGCUUACAGAAAAUGACUUCAUACUUGCAGCGAAGAUCGACACUCUUGACCUUGCCCACCUUCUAAGGAUUAAGCCUAAGUGAAUGCUAUCGAAACGCCUUUCCAAAAAUUAUUUUGAGUUGGCCCGUAACAUGGGCAAUUGCGUAGCUAAAAGAUGUCUGUCAAUGUUAAAUGUAGUCGGCCCUUGCCCCUUAGGCACUGACUUACGUUUUCUCACUAUACAAGAAGUCACGGACUACACUUUACUUACUAAUAAUUACUGCCUUUAAUAAAAAAAUUAAUUAAUUAAUAUAAUUAUUAUAAAAAAUUAAAUAAUAAUAAUAAUAAUAAAUUAAUUUAUCUGGUUUUUCGGUUAACCGUUUUAUAAAAAAUCAUAAUCGUAACUGUACCAUUUAACCGUUAUUUUUACUAGUUCGGUUUUUUUGUGAACACUCCUAUGUAGUCCUACACAUUUUUAUUUUUACAUAAUUUCAAUUUAGUACAUAUAUGCCAUUAACUAGGAAAUGACAAGACAGUUUCAAUUAUGGGCUGCCGUACUUAGCUCCGACUUCUAAUUAUUUCUCAGGAUUCCAACUUUGGAGUAUAUUAUAUAAAAUUGGUCUAUAGCAUGUAAAAAUCCACAACCACUGCAUCUGCCGCCCCUCCCCCACUCUUGAAAUUCCCUUCCCUGCCACCCCUCCCCCUCAAUUGUCUACAUCCAACACACACUAGCAACCGGCAAAAGCUAGAAGGAUUUUGACAUGAGUGUCGCUUUGGAAAUUUUAGGGAAAUGGAAGCCGACAAUCUUGCCAAAUUUUUUUGUGUCACUUAGAAAUCUAGUAGGCAACAAGAGCUUGGUAAUUAUGGUCCACGAAACCCGGGCACAAUACCGUCCAAAACAUACAAAACACAAUCUCGCCGAAAAUUCCAAAGUCACCUAGAAAUCCAACCACAAUACCUUCAAACACAUAGAAAAGCCAACCAUGUAAGAUUAGUAGGUGUCGGGAUAUCUAGAUCAUCUAGUAUCCCCCACGAAACUCGCCAAAAUGUUCAGGACACUAGGUGCCAAGAGCCCAAUAAUUAUGGUCCAGGGAUCCCGCCAAAAAUUCUAGAUAUAAAUUUCGAAAGUUUGUAAAGUAAAAUUCUAAAAAUUCAAAAUAGAAAUUUCGAAGUUUGGGAAGAGAUGAAGUCAUUUCUAGAGAAAGACACAAAAGGAGAUGAUUGUGUUGAAGGAAAAGUGUAGCAUUACUAAAAAAAAAAAUAAGGGAAGUGCGUGCGGGUUUCGAGGGUGGCAUGCGUGGGAAAAGGAGGGGGUCUCAAAGAUGGCAGGGGAGGGGAGGGGGUUUUAGGGGUGGGAGGAGAGGAGGAGACCGUGUAAUACUCUGUAUUUUCAGUAAGUUAUUAAUUAUAAUUUUUAAAAAGGUUUUACUUUUUAAAUAGGUUUAUUAUUAAUUAUAAAAGUUUUAAAUAGGCUUUGGUUUUUAAAUAAAUUCUAGCCCAAAUGAUAUAUUGGGUUUAAGUUUACAAAUUAUAAUCCAAGUAGUUAGUUUAGUAGUUGAAGAUAUUUCUUAAAAGAAAAAUCAAAAAAGAUUUUUUUUAAAAAAGGAAAAAGAUUUAAAGAAAUUUCAAAAAAAAAAAAAAAAACAAUGGCUGGCGCAUGGCUCACGGCCUUUGAGUCCAAGAUUUUACUUAUAAGGUUACUUUUAGUUAUUUUUCUUAUCUUUUAGUUAUUUUACUUUAUAUAAUUAUGUAUUAUGAGAUAAUUUAUAUCUUUUCCUAAUCUUAGUUGUAUAAUCGUAAAUAUUAGUUAAAUCUUAACUAUAUUAGUUUAUCCUUUUCCCUCAUCUUUUAGUUUCCUAGUCCUAUUUCGAUUCUACCUUUCCAACUAGUAUAAAUAGGGGUCUGUACCCAUCCUAUUUUUCACACUAAAUUUGAGAAAUAAAUCUCUAUUCUCAAGUUUAAACUCUCUCUCCCUCUUAGCCUACCUUUCUCUUCUUCAUAAUAGUUAUUAACUUUCAAGGUACGUGUAUUUGUAGAUCUUUAAUAAUUGUUUUGCAAGUGUAGUAUCAUGUUUUAGGAAAAUAUUUUUGAUUAAAAUCUAUGUUUUUAUGAGUUUUAUUAUGAACUGCAUCUGUUUAUAUGAACAUGUUUAAAUGUUUACAAAUUUUAUUUAUGAACUUUGAAUUAUGUCUUUCAUUUAAUAUAUAUUUAUAAAGUUUGAUCUUUGAAUUUGUAUUCAAAUAUUUUAGAAGGAGUUUGAUCUUUUAAUUCAUGUUUAAAUAUUUAAAAACGAGUGUUUUUGAAUUAUUAUUAUUUUUCAAAGGUUAACCCUUGACCAAGUUAUUUUAUUUAUGCUUUUAUAUGACUAAGUUUUAAGAAUUAUUAUUCUUUUUAAAGGAGGAUUAUUUUAGAAGGAUUUUUAUUAGUUAUAUGAUCUUUUAUGAUCACAAUUAUAAAGAGGCAACGACUUGUUAUUUAUUAGCAAGAACGAUAGCCAUUAGAUUAUUUAUCCAUGUACUUUUUGUAUAAGUCAUGUGGACAAGGUAGCAACCCCUCGUAAUUGACUCAGUAUCAAUACUAAACUUGGGGGGUGUGCACACUUUAGGCAAGGUACCUAGGUAAGGAAAAAAGAUUUUUAUUAAAGUUAUAUACUUUAUGUUAUACAAGUAUUAUCAAAUAUCCAGAAAGGUUUUUCGAAAUUAAAUAUUUCCUCCGUUUUUUUUAGAUGUUACACUUUUUAUUUUAGGAAGCUUUAAAUUAGAUGUUACACUUUUAUUUUGGGUAAUAACUUCUCUCUAUCUCUCUCCUAUCACAUGUUCACAUGGGACCCUUUUGUUUUUCAUUCUCUCUAUCUCUCUCCUCUCCAAAAAUUACCUAGGAGUCCGUGAUUUGAAAAGUGUAACAUCUAAUAAAAAACGGAGGAAAUAUUUAAAAUGUUAAGUUAAAUAAAGUGUUUCAUAUUCCGAAUAUACAUGUACUCUGUAUUUUUACUGGCACGCUUUUGUUUUGUUUUGUUUUGUUUUACGGCUUUGUCCCUGUGAUGACCCUAUUUUGACGAGCAGAAUUUACAGGUUGAUAUGAUGCAUACUUCAUAUUGGGGAGCUAGUGAGGAAUCAUAAUUAGUUAAUGAGUUGUUAUUUUAUCUUCUUUAUUUCCAUUAUUGUUAUAGUUGUACAAUAAAGUUUAUAUUAAUAAAGAGAAGUUAUUUAAGUUA